GUGAAAGAUGAAAUAUUGAGGGAGGUUGAUAUCAUAGUCAACUCUGCUGCCACAACCACAUUUGACGAGAGAUAUGAUGUUGCAAUGAGGAUUAACACAUUGGGAGCUAUGAAUGUCCUCAACUUUGCCAAGAAUUGUUUGAAAGUAAACACUCUUGUCCAUGUUUCCACUGCAUAUGUUUGUGGUGAGGGGAGUGGAAUUGUACUCGAAAAGCCACUGGUUCUGGGUGAGUCACUGAAUGGAAGUCGUGAUUUGGACAUAGAUGAAGAGAAACGUGUGAUAGGAGAGAAGUUAAUGGAACUUCACUCCCACAAUGCAACAGAAAAAGAGGUGAAAUCUGCUAUGAAAGAUUUGGGAAUUCAAAGGGCAAAGCUGCAUGGAUGGCCAAACACAUACUCUUUCACAAAGGCAAUGGGUGAAAUGUUGGUAUUGGCCUUUAAAGACAAUCUAUGCGCUAUAAUCUUACGUCCAACAAUAAUAACUAGCACCUAUAAAGAACCGUUUCCUGGCUGGAUUGAGGGUGCUAGAACCAUGGAUAUCUUUGUACUAAUGUAUGGCAAAGGAAAAUCAAAUUUCAUGAUUGGCGAUCCAGACUCUAUACUUGAUGUGAUUCCUGUUGAUAUGGUGGUGAACUCAAUGCUGGCAGCGGUGGUGCACCAUCGGGAGGGGUCAUCGCCGUCCUCUUUUAUUUAUCACGUUGGCUCCUCCGAUAAUAAUGCAUGCAACCCUCUGAAACUUUGCGAUGUUACAAGUAUGAUGUAUCGUUACUUCACCAAUAACCCAUGGACUUCACCGAGUGGAGCGGCUGUCAAAGUUCGCCAAUAUGUAUUGCUGCCCAGCAUCACAAGCUUACGCCGAUACAUCACAAUUCAUUAUCUUCCCCUGUUGCAGGUGCUAAAGCUGAUGAACAUGCUUCUCUAUCAUUAUUUCGAUGACAAGUGCACUGCGGUUGAAAAGAACAUCAGCAUGGUCAUCCGAUUUGCUGAAAUUUACAGACCGUAUGUGUUCUUCUACGGGAUCUUUGAUGGCAAUAAUACUAAGAGGUUGAGAACGGCUACAAGAAGCAGCAAUAUGUCUGAGAUAUUCUUCUUUGACCCAAAUUGUAUCGACUGGGAAGACUACUUCAUUAAUACACAUUUUCCAGGAGUCGUCAAAUAUGCCUUCUAAGUGUGUUUAUAU